AUUAAGGACAUACAUUUUUAAUGCCACGUAUGGACUUAGGACAUCAUGUUGUCCAAAUUCUAUCUAGUUUUCCAUUUGUGAAUCCAAACGUCGAUACUCUAACAUGAAUGGCUUCUCUGCAUUUAUCAGUGGGCUGAAAUAGAUACUAAACCAGAGCUUUUUGACCACCUUCAUCAUACUACGGUCAUUUUACAAAAUGCUUAAUGCUAGAAACUCAAGUCCAGCCGGUUUGGUUGGAAGUGUCCAGAAAUCCGAGCUGUCGUGAAUGCUUCAUAGGGGAAAAUACGGAAGCACAAGCGCUCUCUUUUUACUGCAGGCAUCCCGGUGGAUUCCUGUCUAGAAUCGGUACUUCGCGCUACUGUAAAUGAGUAUUCUGUGAAAAAGGUAAUUGUGAAUCUGCAUUUCCGACGCCUAACAGACAAAUCCGUGGCCAUGUCUCAGAAGGACCUGAAGGAAGCGUUUAUCAGCAAUCUCAAUGGGACCAGUCUGGAGGAGGUGGCAGUGGGCUCAUUUCUCACCCCACUUUGUCUCAUCAGCAGAGGACUGAUUUUGACCCUCUACCAUCAGGCCAAAGGGAGUCUUCCGCUUCCACGUCCAAUGAUUUCUCAUCUGCUUCUAGACUUCUGUGUGCUUAUCCUUCCCCUGGUCCUGUCGUGCACCGUUUUGAGCAAUGUUCUUUACCAGGUCAUCUCAAGCCUAGCCUUUGUUUCUGCGUGUGUGUUUUGCUAUAUCUACCGCGUCAACAGUUCUGCUCGCCACCCACAGAACACCGUCAGCACCUUCCUUCAGAGUCACGUUCAAUUCAACCAGGUUCCCUUUGUGACUAUCUUUCGAGUGUUUGUGAAUGUGAAAACAGCCAUCAGCAUUCUUGCCGUGGACUUCAGUGUCUUCCCAAGACGAUAUGCUAAAACUGAAACCUACGGGACAGGGGUUAUGGACUUUGGCGUUGGAGCAUAUGUCUUUGCAAAUGCCCUUGUGUGUCCAGAGGCACGGGGGAAGAACAUCUCUGGAUCCAAGAUUAAUCAUAUCGCAAAGCAGCUCCUGUCUGUCUGGCCCCUGGUUGUUCUUGGUAUGGGAAGGCUAGUGAGCCUCAAAAUGUCCGGCUACCAUGAGCAUGUGUCAGAAUAUGGCGUCCACUGGAAUUUUUUCUUCACACUGGCCAUUGUCAGAGUUGUUGCUUCUGUGCUUUUGGCCAUUUUACCCGCCCGUCACUCAUGGGUCAUUGCCCUUCUGAUCAGUGGAUUUUAUCAGUUUACUUUGGAGACAACAGGGCUGAAGGCUUUCAUCAUCCAUAACAAUGACAGAGAAAAGGACUAUCUGCAUGCUAACAAGGAGGGCAUAUUUUCUGUAGUGGGCUAUGUAGCCAUCUACAUGGCAGGAGUUCAGGUUGGACUCUAUGUGAUGCAACCAAGAUCCCACGUUAGACAGUGGCUCAAAGCACUUUUUAACCUCUUUUUGGGGAGUUUUGUCCUGUACUCUGCUUUGUACACAUGUCAGACACUUGUAGAGCCAGUGUCUCGCCGCUUAGCUAAUUUCCCUUUCUGCCUAUGGAGUGUUGCUCAGUCUUUGUUUUUUAUGUCCUGUCUAGGAAUAGCGGAUAUGGUUUUACUGUUUUCCAAAAGAGCAUCAGGCUGUCACUUUGUACCCUCAUCGUGGAAUUUGUAUAAAAAACAAUCCGACUCGGUCUCUGACCAAAAGACGGGUGAGAUAGAAAGACACUGUCUUGUUCAAGCCGUCAGCAGGAAUCAGUUGUUAUUUUUCUUGCUCGCAAAUGUCAUGACAGGAUUGACCAACUCAGUAGUGGACACAAUGAGUUGCGGCAGCUCAUUUUCAGUGUGUGUUUUGCUGUCAUACAUGUUCAUGAAUUGCUUUGUAAUACAUGUUUUACAUCUUUGUGGAAUUACCGUGAAAUUCUGGUAAAAUUGCAUUCAUAAAACUACAAGGCUCAUUUGUGUAGUUUAAAGGUGUUUGUGGGGGUUGGAGUGACAAACAUUCAGGGAAACACUGGGAAAUUUAAAUGUUAUAAGAAGAUAUGAUCUGUAAUGCUGAUGAUACUAUUUUACAUAAUAUGAUUAUAAUAUAAAUAUAUAAUGUCUUGAUAA